AGGACCCGUCGACGCACAAGGGUUUGUACUCCUGGCUACUUCACCGCUGCCAGUGAGGGGGCUACUGUCAAGCUAACCAUGAUAUCUCUGUCAUCCAGGUCUCAACCUCAACACCUGCACUAUGAAGGAAGUGUACGACAAGUUUGGGCUCGAGGCAUCAACCAAGGACUUCGUGGGACAUGCCAUGGCGCUAUACACCAACGAUGCCUACCUCGAGACUAGGGGAGCCGCACCCGAGGCUAUUGAGCGUAUCCGCCUAUACGGCAACAGCGUGGCGCGCUACGGAAAGUCGCCGUACAUCUACCCACUGUACGGUCUAGGCGAACUGCCACAGGGAUUCGCCCGCCUCAGCGCUAUUUACGGCGGCACAUACAUGCUCAACACCAACAUCGACGAGAUUCAGUAUGACGGUGCCGGCAAGGCCGUCGGUAUCAAGGCCACCAUGACUGGCAUUGAGCCCGAAAUGAAGUUUGAGACGCGUGCAAAGAUGAUCCUCGGCGACCCCAGCUACUUCUCCUCCAAAGUCAGAGUGGUUGGCCAUGUGCUCCGCGCCAUCUGCAUCCUAAAGCACCCUCUGGCCAGCACCAACGACAGUGACUCGUCCCAGCUGAUUAUCCCUCAGUCGCAGGUUGGCCGGAAGAACGAUAUUUACAUCGCCUGCGUCGGGUCGGCACAUAACGUAUGCCCCAAGGGGUAUUGGAUUGCCAUCGUAUCGACUAUCGCCGAGACGGCGGCUAAUCACCACGUCGAAUUGGGGCCCGGUCUCGAACGCCUCGGCAGGAUCGAGGAACAGUUCAUGGGCCCGCCUAUCCCUCUUUAUGAGCCUCUCGAGGACGGCAAGAAGGACAACAUCUUUAUCUCCAAGAGCUACGACGCGAGCAGUCACUUCGAGUCGACUACGGCUGAUGUCAGAGAUAUCUACCGCCGCUGCACCGGCGAGGAGCUGGUAGUAGAAGGUCUGAGAGAGGGCCUCCAGGUUGCUGAGGAAAAUUAGAAGAAAUAUCGAAUAUGAAAUGAAGGCCAGGCUUGCUUGCCGGCUAGUUUGAGGGGGGAGCAGGUGAGAGCAGCUGGAGGGGUUGAGCGUCGGGUUUCUUGCAAGCUUCUUUUUUCUUUUCUUCAUAUAUCACCAUUCUCCUUGGUAAAAUGGCAAGCAAGGUACGGUAGGGUACGUAGUUGCGGUAGUAGAUACUCAUCGUUGGUGGAAGAAUGUAAUCGGUCGUUGGUAAUAGCAGUUAGCUGCACACGAUUAAACACAUGCCGGCCGACACGAGCAGAACCAGAGGCCUAUCGUGUCGUUCCUUGUCUUUCCCCUCGAAUAUUCACUUAAUCCUAAUAGGAUACUAAUCGCUACCAAUGAGGGUGUAUGCUGGGUAUGAUGCGGGCAAAGGAGGCACCAAACGAUGCAUAAGAAUCAUAGUCAGGCACCGCAGUCAUAAGACAUG